AUGGUAAAUGCACAAGAAUAUAUAAAUGAAAAGUACCCAAAAGAUGGAGUAUGCAAAAGUGGUAGUGAUAAAGAAAACAAAGGCAAAAAAAGAGAUGAGAUAAUUGUAUUAGAUCUUAGCAAAGGAAAGGUUGGUAAAGGACUUUUUAAUAAUGAUGGCAAAACUUUAGAUGGUUCUUUAAAACUAGAAAGUUUUACUAGUUUACAAAAACUAAUAAUUUCUUCCCAGCAAAUAACUAGUUUAGAUUUAAAUGAUUGUCCUAAUUUAAAAGAAGUAGAUCUAAGUAAUUGUCCAAAAGAACUUGUUGAAAAUAAGGAUGCCAUAAAAUCUCACCUUGUUUUUAACAUUAAGAAAACUAAAUUAAUAAAAGGACCGAUUAUAACUCCCGCCGGAGAAAAUGUUAGAAAUUUUGAAGAAGUAUUUUUAGAAGGAAAGUAUGGGGUCAGUAAAACCAAAGGAUUUCAAAAGAAUGAUGAACCUUUCGAAUGGAACGGAAAAAAAUAUUAUUUGAUUGACAACAUCGGGUUUGGUGAUACGAGCAAAGACUCAAUCAAAGAAGAAGAUAUUUUAAAAAGGGUAGGAGAAGGAAUUUAUUCUGCUCAAGAAGGAAUCAAUCAAAUUCUUUUUGUGGUCAAAGGAAGAUUUACGGAAAAGCACAUAGAGGCUUUUAAAUUAUUUGAAAACUUUAUCUCUGACACUGGCAUUGCUAAAUUUACGACUAUUGUCAAGACUGGAUUUUCAAACUUUCGAGACCCAGAAUCACGCGAAAGGGACAAAAAAGCUUUAAUUAGGGAAAAUAAGGAUCUUAAAGAAAUAAUUGAGUCAUGUAGUAACAUUAUACAUGUUGACAAUCCAGCAAUGACAGAUGGAAAAGAAAAAAUAGAAAAGGAAAAAAGCAACUUGUUUAAAGAAUUAAGAAUUAAAUUAAGAUUAAAAACUAAAAAAAUACUCUUAAUUGGGAGGUCAGGUCGGGGUAAAUCAACCUUAGCCAAUGUGUUAAUUAACCAAGUUGAUGAAAAUGAAAAGUUUAAAAAAUUUGAACAAUUAUUCGAAGAAGGUGAUUUAAGUGUUAGUCAGACUAGAAAUAUCCAAAGUGAAAAGUUCGAGCAAGAGUUUACUAAGCAAGAAGAAUUAAAAAAAAUAUCCUACCAAGUAAUUGAUACUCCGGGGAUUGGCGACACCAAGUUAUCGCCGGAAGAAAUAUUAGAUAUCAUUGGAGAAGCAGUUUAUUUAGUUCGAGAGGGGGUAGAUCGAGUUUUUUUUGUCACUAACGAUCGAUUUGACCAACAUGAAACGGCUACUUAUGAUUUACUAAGAAAAGCCAUUUUUGAUGACCAAAUUACUAAACAUACUACUAUAGUUCGCACUAAUUUCGCAGCUUUCAAAAAUAAAAGAGAAUGUGAAAAUGACAUCAAGGAAAUGAAAGAAAAUGAUUCAUUAAAAGAAGUGAUUGAAUCCUGUCAAGGAAGAGUUAUUCAUGUAGAUAACCCUCCAAUAAAUACAAAGGGGGCUAGCGAAGAAGAAAUAGAACUUAAUAAAAGUAAAAGAGGAGACACUAAAAAAUUACUUCUCGAUCAUUUAGAAAAAACUUGUCAAGAAAAUGUUUAUAAACCUCAAAACCUAAUAGAGUUAAGCGAAAAAAUUCAGAAAAUAAUAGAGAAAAAAAAGAAAUUAGGUGAAGCAUUAGAUAAAUUAAAAGAGCAAUUAAAAAUAGUAGAAGGAAAAGUAAGAGGUGAGAAAUUAUUACAAGUUAUAAAAGAUCUAAAUGAAGAAAUAGAAAAAAAAAAUGUUGCUAUACGUCGAGCAAUAUUUGAACAUGUUCAGUCGAAGGUAAACAACAAAGAGUUAAAACAUAUUGCUGAAAAUAAAGAAGAAACAAAUGAAUCAACUACUCCUAAAAAAAUCAAAGGAAAGGAUUCAGAAGUAAAGUUAGAGGGCGAGGAAACUAUCAGUAGCAUAAACACAGCAAAUGAAUCAAAGGAAGAGGAUGCAGAACUAUCUAAGGCAAUUACUGAGAUAAUAACUGAUUUAAUUGAAGAAGAAAG